AUCCAAUCACUGCCGGCGUUACGUGAUUCCCCUGUCAUGGCUGCGCCUGUCGCUCUCAUUCAGGGCGCUAGCAGAGGUCUGGGGCUUGCAUUUUGCAAGCAUAUCCUGGAAAAUAAACCUCCCGCUGCCGUCAUAGCAACAUGCCGAAACCCGGACGGGGCUGCCGCACUGCGGGACCUAGCUGGAGACCACCCAGGUAGGCUCACUGUCCUCCAGCUGGAUGUGAAUCGGGAGGAUGACAUCCGCGGAGCGGCUGCUCGUGUCAAGGAGAGUUUCAGUCGGCUGGAUUUGAUCGUCAACUCUUCGGCGAUGCUUCACCCCACCGGGAAAGGCGAGACCAGUCUGAGGGAUGUUACUGCUCAGGGCAUCAUUUCCACCUUGACGACAAACACAGUGGGUCCUCUGGUUAUGGCAAAGUAUUUUGCCCCCCUCCUUCAGAAGGGUGGUGGUGGUUUCGGUCAACAGGCCACAGAGAAGGCCAAGCAGCAUAGUGGCAUCAUUGUCAACAUCUCUGCCAAAGUGGGAUCAAUUGGCGAUAAUGCUCUUGGAGGUUGGUAUAGCUACAGGAUGUCUAAAGCCGCUCUCAACAUGGCCACCAGGAAUCUGUCCAUAGAGUUGGGCCGCAGUCGGCCCAAGGUGGUGUGCGUGUCCUUACAUCCAGGGACAGUGAACACAGACCUCUCCCGACCAUAUCACAGGAAUGUGCCACAAAACAAGUUGUUCAGUACUGAACUCUCUGUAAACUGUCUGAUGAGCAUCAUAGACACACUCAAUAUGGAAAAGACUGGCAAGGCAUACAGCUGGGACGGGACUGAGCUUCCGUGGUAAAAUCGAUUGGAGCGAGAGGAAUUCUCAUUUGAUGUCAGUUUUCUCAACACCGCCUUAAACUGUGCAAUAAAUCUCACACUGAAGUAUUAAAAUAAUUAAAAAGAAAAUUGUGCAGGAUGUUCCUGAUGGCUUCACAGUCAAAGUCUAACCAGCUGAAAACUCUUCUACUCCCUCACAACCAGCUAAUUUGCUUUACUCACCUGCAGUGCUUACAACUGACAAUUGAAACCCAGGUCUUCUUGCUGCAAAGGCAGAGUGCUAACCACUACUCCAGCCAUGUGCCCCCCCUCCCCCCCUUUGAUUCUUACUCAACAAUAAUAAAGUUGGAAUCAUUAGGGACAUGAAACUUGUCUUAAAUGUUUUGUUUAAUACAAUCACUUGUAGGCCUCAACCUGCUAUAAGACUUAUUAUGACAAUAGAAAUAGAAUAAUAUCUCCCUAAUAUAUAUAUAUGGGUAUUUUAUUGAUACAGUGUGUACAAUUUAGCAACCUUUAUUGGUGAAGUUGCAUAUUAGAACUGAUUAUCCCUCGCCUCACCCUUCCCUUCCAAGUGUGUUCUAGAAUCUAUGAAGCCUUCAGUAGCUAUUGUAAAAACAUGGUGGUCCAAAAUAUAAAGCUCCUUAGAGCUGAUCCAUCUUUUGAUAUAAAUCUAAAUCUUACACACUGGACCUUUAAUGUUAAUUGGGGCCAUACUGUAUAUUUUCUUUCACUGUUAUUUGGAUAACGAUGGACACAACAGAACCAAGAGCCUUGGUCUAAAAGCUGGGUAAACACUAUCCUGGCUUUGACCAAAAAAAGAAAAAUCAACUGACAGAAGCACAAAUUAACAGAUUUAUCUGUACAAAUUUAUAAUUUGUGGUUUUAAAAUAUACAUCUCUGAAUUUUCAACAGAUAAGCAAAUAAAUGCAUAUUUUUAUUGUAAAACUAUUGCUGUAGGUACUACGAGUACUAUUUCAACUCUUCUCUUUCACACCUGAUUGUUGAAUACAUGAAAUGUGUAUCAUAACUUUUAACAAAUAAUUUAAACCUCUUAACUAAUGUUUUCCUUUUUUGUUAUGCUAUGAAGUUUUGUUUUCAUACAGCUAUGAAAACAAAUCAUUUUUACACUAUUGAAUUAGGGGACUGUGAUAAAAAGGCAGGUGUGUGCACAGUGAGUGCCCCUGAGGCUACAUCCUCCCUAAUUUGAACAAGAGUUCUUAACCACCAUGGUCUGACAAGUUAUACUGUGCUUUUUUCCCAUCAGACCUUGCAGAGUUAUACAUUAUGAUGAAGAAGCAGUUGUAUGGGUUUCGGGUAAAUCACAGUGACACCAACGUUCUUGACCUGUUGCACUUUCCAACAUGAAGCUUGUCGUCAAAUGGGUUUCAUUCUUACAUUCAUGUUCACACAGGAAAAACAAUCAAGGAAUCCUUGGUUGUAGUAAACAAGUGAUUGUCUGUGUUUACAUAUGAAGAGGAGACACUAGACUCAGGCUUUACUGGGCUGUAACUAAUUGGCUGGGUAAUGACUGAACUCAAUCCUGUUAAGGGAUUUUUACUUGACAGUGACCUGAUUAUUAGCAAAUGGAGGUUAUAUGUUGUUGUUUUUUUUAUUGGACUGUUAUUACCACAUUUAACCAAAAGUUUGAAUAAACAUCCCAUUUUAUGAA